CCUGUGUCAUCGUUAAGUUAUUUUCAUGUUUGUGGUCGCGGUGGUGGCGGUGGUGGCGGCGGUCGCUGUCGCUGUGGCCAUGGACGGUGGCCGGACUCCCGGAGGGAAGCGAAGGGUCAUGGUGGUCGCCGACCCCGGCCGCGAGUCCGUGGGCGCACUCGAGUGGGCCCUCUACCACGCCGUGCUCGAGCACGACGAGAUCAUCCUCCUCCACAUCGAGCAGGCGAACGCGCGGCGGUCCUCCGCGUUGUCAGCGUUCCUCCGCCGUCCUCCCGCGGCCGCCUCCCCCCGCGUCUCCCCGCACGCCGCCGUCGGCGUCGCCGACGGCAAGGGCGACUACGAGUUCCUGGAGGUGAUGCGAGCUAGGUGCAAGUUCGCGCAACCCAAGGUCAGGGUGCAGGUCGAGAGGGUGGAGUUGGAGAGCAAGGACAAGGCGACGACGAUCCUCACGUGCACCAAGGUGUUCCGCGUUGACCUCCUCGUCAUCGGUCAUCGCCGGAGCUCCUCUUCAUUCCUGGGGUGCAAGCUAAGUGGAGGUAUGUCAAGUAAAGGGGCAGACGCAGCAGAAUUCCUGAUCGAGAACAGCAAGUGCCUCUGCGUUGGCGUCCAAAAGAAAGGCCAAAACGCAGGCUAUCUCCUCAACACCAAGACUCACAAAAACUUCUGGCUUCUCGCCUAGCCUUAGUGUGCCUCCAUCCCUUUCUCUUUUCUUCUGUACUAACUGAUCUCUUCCAUCAAAUGUGUUGCAUUUCCCUUUGCCUUUUACCUCAGCUUGCAUCUUAUGGGCAUUCAUGAAACCAAAGAAGUCAAUGAUCAGUUGAAGUAUAGGAAAUCUAAGUUAUAAGAUGAUGGUUUGUGCCUGACUGCUGGAUAUGUCCUCUUGUUUCCAUCUUUUGAAGCUAAAGAUAGAUGUGUUGAUGCGAGAAUACUGCUUUUGGACAUUAGAACUUUCUAUUUGU